AUGGGGCUUUUAGCAUUAGGCACCCCUCUUGAUUGGCCAGAGGCGAAGGAGAAGGCGGGGCAGGUUAGGGAAUGGGGUGUGAAGCAAUUGCUGGCUAUCUGGAACAAAGCGAAAGGGAAAGAGAGGGACGCCCUGCUCUGGGGGGAUGAGAUCGAAUAUCUGGUCGUGACAUAUAAAGACGAUGAUGAGAAGGUUACACUGAGCUUGAGACAGGCGGAUAUUCUGAUCGCGUUGGCGGAGGAUGAGAAAUUGUGCUCCCAUGGCGGUGUUGUGCCUGCACUUCAGGAUAUCAAUGCCUCAGAGCGCAACACAUUACCCAUUUUCCACCCAGAGUUUGGUCGGUUCAUGCUAGAGGCGACACCCGGAAAGCCAUGGGGAAUUGGCUUCAAGGAUCUCCUUGAUGUCGAACCAAACAUGAGGUUAAGACGGAAGAUUGCCAAAGAUCAUAUGAACCCCGAAGAAUACCCCAUCACUUUAACAACAUACCCACGAUUAGGGUCCCCCGGCACUUUCACCACCCCCUACUUCCCCCCAUCUGGAGAGAAACUGCGCUCACAGUUCGUACCCGAUGAGAUAGCCAAUCCUCAUAUUCGUUUUCCCACAUUAGCAGCAAAUAUCCGAGCACGACGAGGCCGAAAGGUCCAAGUCAACGUCCCGGUAUUCAAAGAUGUGAACACUCCCUGGCCUUGGAAGGAUCCUACAGUAAACUAUGAUCUCCAUAAGUGGCCCGAGGACGAUGAUGUCCGUAACGGGGCUGCCCCUGAAAACUAUAUACACAUGGAUGCCAUGGCUUUCGGGAUGGGCAGCUGCUGUUUACAGAUCACGUUCCAAGCAAAGAAUAUCACGGAGGGGAGAAGGAUGUAUGAUCAGUUGAGUCCGUUAGGACCGAUUCUUCUAGCACUAACUGCUGCUACCCCUAUCUACAAAGGCUUCCUGGCUGAUACCGAUGUGCGAUGGAAUCAAAUCAGCGCCGCAGUCGACGACCGCACGCCAGAAGAACUUGGAGAGAAGCCACUACAAACCUCCCGCUGGCGAAUUCCUAAAUCCCGUUAUGCGCCCAACAGUACCUAUAUUUCCGAAGACCCCCGCCUACGGAAGGAAUACCUCGACCCGGAUCUCAUAUUCGAUCCGGACGUGAAACAGCAACUCAUGGAUGGAGGCAUGGACUCAUUGCUCGCAACGCAUUUCGCCCACUUGUUUAUCCGUGACCCGAUAGUCAUCUUUUCCGAGGACUUGCAGACUCUGGAUUUGGAAGCCACGGACCAUUUUGAAAACUUGCAGUCGACGAACUGGCAACAUAUCCGCUUCAAACCCCCGCCACCUAAGAACGAUAUAGGCUGGAGGGUCGAGUUUAGACCGAUGGAGAUCCAGAUCACGGAUUUUGAGAACGCGGCCUUCUCGGUUUUCAUUGUGCUGAUCACCCGCGCCAUCCUCUCUUUCGACCUGAACUUCUAUAUCCCCAUCAAACGCAUCGACGAGAACAUGGAAACGGCCCACGCCCGAGACGCGGUCCUGGAACGAAAGUUCUGGUUCCGCAAGAAUCCCUUUCCCGCUCGUGCGCCGCGCCCUUACUCGGCUUCAGGGAGCAGGUCGGGAACUGCCUCCCCGGCGGCGCCGUCUCGUCCUCCGACCCCAACCGGGCCGGUCGAAGACGAGUAUGCGCUCAUGAGCGUCGACGAGAUCAUCAACGGCUCGAAGCCGGAGACAGGGAACAACUUCCCGGGUCUGAUCCCACUGGUGGAGAGCUACCUGGAUGGCAUGAACGUAGACGUGACGACGCGGUGCGAGCUCGCGAGCUACCUCGAGCUGAUCAAGAAGCGCGCCGACGGCAGCUUGUGGACGGCAGCCAAGUGGAUCCGCACGUUCGUGGCCGAGCACGAGGCCUACAAAGGCGACUCGGUGGUCUCGGAUGCUAUCAACCACGACCUCAUUGGCGCGGUGAUCCAGAUCGAGGGCGGCAAGGAGGCGCGGCAGAACGUCAAGCACGUCGAGCAGUUCCUGGGCUCGAACUUCGGCUGUGGAGAGGGGCGCUGA